GCAGCUUUCUGCGGCAGCCUUCGUUCUGGGCCGUGUUGUCGGUCGUUUGUCAACAAACAGAGGAGUUUUCCACAUGUUUUAGCUGUUGGAAUAGGUGAUUGGUGACCGGAACCUUGCGUGUGGAACUCUUUUCUCCUUUUCUUAAGUGCGGUUGUCUCUUCCACUGUCCUGUCCAGCAGCCUAAACCGCACCGAGUAACAGUUCGUAUCGGCAAGAAGGCCUAGCGCGAACGAGCGGGUGCAGGGAACGAGCACUCGAAGGUGUUUGAGGAGCGAAUGUAUUUGUGUCGAAGUCUGUUGAUGUAUCCACAGUCCAGAAGGUACUGCUACACGAAACGUGUCAUUUUGCACAGAAAGCUGCAGCUUCUCGAAGAUUGGAUCAUCAAGACGCUCCGACAGUCGAAGCUUCAUCGCCACUACACUUGGAACAGCUUCGGAGAGAUCCACUUCUCGUCCCCGUCGUCUGCACGCCUCGCUUUCCUCACCAGUCGUGAGGCCUGAGGAGUGACGACAAGCUAUCCGGAGAUUUACGCGUCGACGGCGAGGAUGUCGGUGUCCGCCGAGGAAGAACAUUCCGAGCUGGUCCUUCAUCCGCUCAGCUUGGAUGACAUCAAAAAGAAUCCCAAUGCAUUCGAGGACCCAGACGAGGAGGGGAAAUUUCAGAGACGCCGGAGGGACUCCAAGAUCUUCUCCGUGGCUAUGGGGCUCAAGAGAAAAAGCGUGGUCGAGAUGGUCACGCGCAGUCCACGCAAGAAAGCCGUUGAGUUGGUUCGUCCUCUAAGUCCGUCAGAGGUGCGCAUCCUCCGCUGGAAACGUGCCGCCUGGCAGGCGCUCCACAUGGAAGAUCCAUGGGCGCAGUUUCACUUGGAGAAGCUGAAGCCGGAGAGGGUAGUACGAUAUCGCUACAAUGCACUCACAAAGUCGCUGCUUAAGGACGAUGCGCUGGUGAAGAUGGACAAAGCGCCGUUCGGACGUGGUGCAAUGCGAGAGUGCUUUCGAAUGAAGAAGCUGUCAAACUUUGCACACACCUGCAAUUGGGCCACAGCAGCAAACUAUGUUGCAAAGAGGUACCUGGAACCAGUGGAAAGAGAGGUCUAUUUUGAGGAUGUCAAGCUCCAGAUGGAUGCCAAACUCUGGGGGGAAGAGUUCAACCGUCAUAACCCCCCCAAGAAGGUGGACAUAUUCCAAGUCUCGGUGAUCGAGUUUGUCAAUCGACCCGGCCGGCCCCUCUACCACUUGGAACACUUCAUUGAAGGGAAAUACACAAAAUACAACUCCAACUCAGGGUUCAUCAGUUCUGAGAACAUGAGACUCACUCCACAGGCAUUUAGCCACUUUACUUUUGAACGUUCCGGCCACGAGCUGGUGGUGGUGGACAUCCAGGGUGUGGGUGAUCUGUACACGGAUCCUCAGAUCCACACGGUGAGGGGCACUGAGUAUGGGGACGGCAACCUGGGCCUGCGAGGCAUGGCUCUCUUCUUCCACUCCCAUAUCUGCAACUCGGUCUGCCGCAGCUUGGGCCUCACGCCUUUUGACCUGUCUCCGGCUGAGCAGAAGGCUGCAUCUUGUGGAGCUAUUCCUCCUCAGGGCAGCAAGACGUGCGUGCGCGGCAAAGAAGAGCUGUGCCUCAGCAUGUCUGAGUACGAGAAGCAGCACUUGGAAGAGGUGCUUGGGCAGCCACGCCUUCGUCAGCGUGCCUACAGCAACCCCACAGACGUCAACCAACCACAGAACGGAGUGCCCAUUCUAAGACAUCAGCAGGACAGCGGGUUCCGCAGCUUGAGCAGCGGCAGCGAGGACACCAACGAUGACGAUCCGUUAGAGUUUGACCUGGCGAGUGACUCUGAGGACGCGGAGGGCGCCAGCAGUGCUCCCGCGACGUACGUCACCAGUGGAGAGGUGGCGUCGCUGUUGCUCCAGCGACAAAAUAGUGGUCGGCCCAGGCGGACACGAUAUGAGUCCGAGAGUAGCAGCACCCUCGGCAAUGAACACGAACGAGCGGAGUUUCAAAAGUUGGUGGCGAUGAAAGCGCGACCUUCCUCGGUCACAAACGAAGUUUUGAUUCGUCAACUGCUCCGCGAGCAGGGGCAACAUCGCAUGCCGCAGCGUUCGCUCCUGGGACAGAUUCACCUCGAGAUGACAAAGUGCCACGAGAACGGACGAUUCUCACCCGAGGGCCACGUCAUUGAUGCGGGCAACUAUGAUCAGGUGUCUGCCAUGUUCCACCUUGAAAAAGCUGCUCAGUGCGGUUCGCUCGAAGCUGUGCUGACUCUUGCCAAGAUUCAUCUUGGCUUGCCACACGACUUGCUGCAAGAUGUCGUCCUGCCAGAGUCUGAGGACAGCACGAACAAAGGCAUGGAUUACCUGGUCCAAGCUGCGUAUUCUGGUGACCGUGCAUCGAUGAUCAGCGUUGCCAAGGCGUUUGACAGUGGAGCGAACCUUGGCACUAAUCGGAAACGCAGCUGGAAGGAUGCAGUGUACUGGUACGACCUUGCCGUGACAACAACAGACGACGACGAAGGCGGUGAAUACGACGGGUGCAUGGACGACCCGUCUUACCUUCUGCUUGCAAGGCAGGCAGAGCUGUAUCAGGAAGGUGGAUAUGGACUGAAUAAGGACUGCAACAAGGCUGGCGAAUUGUACCAGACGGCAGCAGAAGAGGCCACUGCCGCCAUGAAGGGUCGCCUGGCGAACAAAUACUACAUGUUGUCUGAAGAAGCCUUCUCACAGAUUGAAGAAGACUGAAUGUGACGUUCUGCAAGUGAUUCCCGGUGUGCCACAUUUGAAGACGUAUGCGGAGCGAUUUAACUGAUGCGUGUCUCAUGGCAGCAUCAACUGUAAUAUAGUUGUUACUGUUACUGUUAUGUUACGAGGUUUAAAGGGUUGUUGCCCCUCUCCUGAGGGGAGGGGGCUUGGGAUUGUUGUGAUAUUUCAUGGUGCUUGAGCGGAAGGAAUGUGCGUACGUAUGCUUACCACUUGACUCAGUGAUUGAAUUCUCAGUGUUUGUCCUCCAAAAAAUACAAAUUUGUACUCUAUAUAAUUUUGUGUGCGUACGCUGCGUGUCCUUCCAGAUGUGACGCGUAUUUGAAAAGUGUGACGGUGUAGCCCGGUCCUAGUCGAACGAUGGACGUUUUCCUGUUUUUCUUACGUGCGUGUUUAGAUUUCUUUUUAUGACACUCGUGCAAAUAUACUGUGAUUCUCAAAGAACCUCAUUUCACUCAACGAUCUCUGCUUUGUUUCUGCACCUGUUUCCGUAUUGUGCUUUGGAAUCGUCUAUAACGUAUGUAUCGCUUUGCCUUAGCUCUGUGGUGUCCCGUGGUGUCCCGUCCUGGCCCGUGUAAUAUGUGGUUAAUAACUUUCUGUACACAUGCGUCAGUAUUUAAGACCAAUAAAAGCGAACACUGCUUUA